AUGAGAGGGCUACUGUUCCUGACCCUCGCGGUCGCGGUCUUGUGCACCGCAGACGCUGAGCGUCACCGACGAAAGCACAGACGUCUUCGCGUUAAGACGUCGACAGAGCGUGCGCAGCGCUUCGAGUUACCAGCCGCGCCGGUGCGGGAGGACUCAGAGGCCGAGCACCUCGAGCUCGGUAUGGCCGAGAGGCUCGACGAGAAGCGCUUCCAGGAGUCUGAGAGGAGACGCGUCAAUGAACUGAUGAAUGAAAACGGAUUCGAUGGCGAGAACGAUGUGGUGCUGGAUGACCCGUGCCUGAAGGUGCACUGCAGUGCAGGGCGCGUGUGCGAGAUCGACGAGCACGGCGACGCCGUGUGCAACUGCAUCAAGGAGUGCCCUUACGAGACGGACUCGCGCCGCAAGGUCUGCACCAACCACAACGAGACCUGGACCUCGGACUGCGAGGUGUACCAGCAGCGCUGCCUCUGCCUCGACGGUUCCGAGCUGUGUCGCGGCCCGCAAUACCACCACGUGCAGAUCGAGUACUACGGCACCUGCAGGGAGAUGCCCGAAUGUACUGAGAACGAGAUGUCCGACUUCCCGCGGCGCAUGCGCGACUGGCUGUUCAACAUAAUGCGCGACAUGGCGGAGCGCCGCGAGCUGACGCCGCACUACCUGGCGAUGGAGCGCGAGGCCGAGUCCAACCUGACGCGCCGCUGGACCAACGCCGCCAUUUGGAAGUGGUGUGACCUGGACGCGCACGACAACGACCGGUUCGUGUCCGUGCACGAGCUGUUCCCCAUCCGCGCGCCGCUCAUGGCUCUGGAGCACUGCAUCGCGCCCUUCCUCGAGCGCUGCGACGAGGACGACGACCACCGCAUCACGCUCGCCGAGUGGGGCAAGUGUCUGCAGCUGGACGAGUACGAGCUGGAGGACCGCUGCGACGAGUUCACGGACGAUCCCACGUUCCACUAG